GAUAUUAUCCCUAAAAUUAAUGGAUUUAAUGAUAAGUUAAGAAGAAAUGAAAGAAAGGGUCAAACAAGCGGUGUGUUGGUAAAGAAAGAGAGAGGAAAGAAGGGGGGGAAGUGAGUGGGUGAUGAACGCUGGGAGCUUGAGUGGUGGGCGGUCAUGGCCGUCAAGAACAUCUUUAACGUCAUCAGGGAGGAGGAUACAGAAGGAGAUGGCGGAACUUAACAUGGACCCACCUGCCGAUUGCUCUGCUGGUCCCAAAGGCGACAAUCUUUAUCACUGGGUCGCCACUCUCUUCGGUCCCCAAGGAACACCUUAUGAAGGAGGAAUAUACUUUCUUGACAUAACAUUUCCGGCUAAUUAUCCCUUUAAACCCCCAAAGGUUGUUUUUAAAACACGUAUAUAUCAUUGCAAUGUGGAUUCAAUCGGCAACGUUAGCUUAGAUAUCCUAGAUGAAAACAGUUGGAGUCCUGCUUUAACAAUCUCAAAGGUGCUACUUGCUUUGCGAUCAAUCUUCACCAACCCCAACCCUUAUAAACCUCAAGUUCCAGGAAUUGCUCAGUUGUAUUUGGUAGACAGAAAUAAACAUGAUGCAGUAGCUGCUGAGUGGACUCGACGAUUUGCAAAGUAGAAAUUAGAAAGCAAAUCGGUAUGUAUGUAUGUAUGUAUGUAUGUGUGUGUUGUUUUAGUAGUUCAAUUACUUUUUUUAGGAAUUAUUUAAUGUUUGAUACCUUCCUUCAUUGUACACAAGUAAGAGGUGG